AUGUACCUGGACGAACAAUUUUCUACCUUUCAUAAUGCUGCAAACGCAGAGCUGCCUAUGAAUCGUUUCUAUUUAUUGGACGGUAGUGUACUGGUUGAGAGCGCCUGGUCAGGCGUUGUAGAGACCGGAUUCGAAUGCGGAAGGAUCUGUGAUGGGUGUCUGAAGCUUCGUUCACGAGUCGUCCACACGCUGCGUGCCUGUGCUGUGCUGGCAAUGUUGCAGCUACUAGAUUCGAAGGCAGAGACUCGUUUGGACUUUCAAGCCGAUCCGGCUCGGCUCGGCCCGACUUGGAGUUUGAUCGGUCCAGCUUGUUCCUCAAACCUAGCCAAACCUUUUCUUCUUAAUGAUGCCAAUGACAUUGCGAUGUUCGUCCACAAAGUACAUAACACAGCCCUCUACCUUCGAUCGAUGUCUCACCUGAUUGGUUGA